UUAUGGCGUUUUAGUUUGUAUUUUGUUUGAAUGUCGAAACGUCUCCUUGACAACGAAAUUCGUACCUGGUAGUUUUAUGAAAUAUCCAAUUGAUUUUACGAUAAUGUUAAAUUAUGGAUGAUCCCGACGAAAAUCCAUCGGAAACUACGGAAAUAAAGAAUGUUCUUCCGGAUGUCGUACAUUCUCAACAGAUAGCCGUAGGGACAACCGAUGGAGAAAACGAUAAAAAACAGGGAACCCAAUUACAAAGUGACAAUGAAGACAGUCAAACUGAAUCAAUAUCAGAGCAUAUUCCCUCCAGAUUAGAAUGUCUUUCGGAAUCUGAAAAUUCUAAAGCCCAGGAAAUUGUAAUUGUAAAACCAGAACUGGUGCCUCUUAGUGCACCAUCACCCAUAAAACCACCUGAUUCUUCUGACAGUGAAAAUCAAACAAAAGAUCCAAACAAAUUAAGUACCUCUUGGCCUAUAGACGUGAAUGUUGACAUGCAUUUGAUCAGUGACGAGAGCCCUGUUAAUUUGGCACUAUCUUCUGACAAAGAAAGGACUCAAAAUGUUUCUAUUGACAGUCCACAGUUGCAAAGUGAACCUUACAUGGAUCAAUCUCUUCAAAGUGAAAAUUACAAUGAUUCACUGAACAAUCAAUCUAAUGAAACUUUAGGAACACGAGAGAGUAUUAAUUCAAUUUCUGAAAACAUAGAUAAUAGUGAAAAGUUCAGUUCUGGUUCUGAGGAAAUUAUUAAACUAGACAUCCGUGGACAAGGAGUGCCAAAGUUACAAUUUCCAGUCCAAAAAAUUAUAUUUGGUCCGCCGCCUGAAGGCAGUACACUUAUGGAUGCAAAAGUAGAGUCAAUCACAACAUAUCCUAAUUUGAUGUCACCUUUUUUACUUUGUGCUAGAGAUAGCAUUAAAGUGGAUGAUAUUUUCAUUGAUGAACCUGUUAAAGAUAGUGCUCCUGAAAAAUCUUUAAAUCUUGAAAAAAGUAGUUCCAAUGAUAAUAUUGAACAAAAAGACUUUCUAGUAGAAGAGUUCCUUUUUGAUGAGGUGGUUAAAGAGAAAGAUAACGAUGGGAAAGAGGAAUCAAUGCCCCAGAAAUCAAUGCCUGUAGAUGAUGGAACUUCGAUAAGUACAAUGACAACAGAGUACAAAACUAUUUGUGAAGAAUACAAUGUGAAGCUUGUGCACUUGGAAGAUACUAUUAUACAUCGAGACCAACUAAUAGAGGAACUCACCAUCUCAUUGCAGCGUUGUGUCAGCGAAUGUGAUAGUCUUAGACAUGAAAACGAUCAUCUCAUCAAUGAAGUUCAAAAUUUGCAGCAUUUCAUAAAUGAGAAAUCUGAUCGAGAUACUAUCAAAGGGCAGCUAUCAGAUUUUGUGAAAUACCAAAGUAUGGUUAAAGAUGACAGUACUAAGUUUUUCUCUGCCGUCAGCAGUAGUUCAUCCAUGCAAAGUUCUAAUGGUGAAAAAGAUAUGGAUAGGGAAGAGAUUGUAGUCAACUAUUCAAAAUCAGAUUUGAGGUCUUCAGAAGAUUCAGAUGACUUCUUAACUGGUUUUGAAGAUAAAAUUACCGAAAUUGUUAACAAAUUUGAUGAAUGCAUUGAAGAAAACUCAAAGAAUCAGUUGCGAGAGAGUUUGGUUCGUUUGUUAGCAGAUGAGGUUGGAAAAUUGAGAAUAGAAUCCGAUACUGAAAUGAAGGAAUUGGAAGCCCAAAUGCAGCAAGACAAACAAAGCUAUUCAAUAGAAACAAGACGUUUACGAGAACUUCUGGCUUCAGUAAAAUCUGGAGAUGCUGACAUAGACAUUUUAAGAGAGGAAUUGGCGGCCAAACACGAAAAGGAGAUGGAAAACCUGAGGAUGUAUUUCGAAAAAAAAUGCUCAGACAUGGAAAGAAGUUACUCAGAGGAAGUGUGGCGCGGCAAGUGCGUGUCGGCCCUGGGCUCGCUGGGCUCGCUGGACGCGCCUGACGCGGGGGACGCGAGCCGUCCCGACGCGCUGCGCUCCGACGCGCCCCGUCCUGACGCGCGCAGGCGGACUCGUAGCGCUGACGCACCCUCGCUGUCACUAGAUUCGAGUCCGACAGAGCAAGCGGUGAGGCAAGUCAGCAAGAAGUACGAGCAGCAGCUGGACGAGCUGAGGGCGGAGCACGCGGCCUGCCUCCACCAGCACAGGGACGCGCUGGCCUCCAGGGAGGCUGAGAUAUCCCAACUGAAAGCGCACCUGCACAGCGCAGAGAACACCGAGACCUUGUACCAACAGGACAUAGAUUUGGAACUGGAAAAGAAGAUGGAGUCGCAACUGGAGCAGAGGGUCCGGGAGGUGAGGGAGGAGGCCAGGAGAGACGUCAUCGAUCAGCUGCAGGACCAGCUACAGGUACUCCUGUCUGAUCCUGACGCGGAGGUGUCGAGCUGGCCCUUGGAGCUGGUCGCACUCCGAGACAGGAUACAAGGGGACAAGCAGGAGAAAGAGGUAUCGAGUCUCCGGGACGAGCUUUCUGCAGGCGACAGUGACAAAUGGAAGCAGCGCAGGAACUUCUGUUUCGACCAGAACAGACACCUCGAAGAAGUCACUAAGGAAAGGGACGAGCUGCGGCGCGUGGCGGUGAGCCUGCACCGCGCGGUGGGCGAGCUGGUGGCGUACUGCGGCCGCGCCGAGCACGAGCUCAACUCCACGGUGCUGGCCGAGCUACUGGCCAGGCUCGCCACGCAAUCGAGCUCGGAAGACCCAGGCCGCCCCUCCAGUCCGAACCUGUCGGCGGAGCUGAACGCGAGCAUCGUCUCCAGGAGCGGGAAGCACGUGCACUUCGCUCCAGACCUGAACUCUAUACUCAGCGAUUUGGACGAGGUUCCGACUGGCGAUUCCCACUACCACGCUUUGCUUUCGCGUGAUUUCCCCGAAAUUACGCGACCAGCUGGUACACAACGUACGGAUUGCCUAGUGGGGUUCCUGGAACAGCAGCGCGACCUGAGCGCCGACAUCAAGCGGGAGCUGGAGAACUCGCUGCGGCGACUCCGCAAUGAGGCGCACUCGCUGCUCGACCUGUCCGCCAGGCUCGCCCGCAAGAGCGACUGUAAGAUGCUGGAGUCGGGUGAGGCGCAGGUAGCCGCGCUAGUUCAAGACUUGGACUCCAAACAAGAGUCUUGCGAUAACUGCGAGCUCCACAGAAAAAACAUGGAGGAGGCGAUGUCUGAGUGCCUUCAGCGGGAGAAUCUUCUACGUUCAGACCUGGAGGCCGCCAUGGUGAAGAUCGCGCAGCUCAUGGCCUCCAGCGACGUCGUCGUGGAAGGGUACGGCACGUGCGUGCCCCCCGCGUGCGCCCCCCGCGGCCCGCGCCCCCCCGCCGCCUCGCCCCCGCCCUCCCCGCGCGCCGACCUCGAGCUGCUGCAGCGGGAGCGGGACGACCUGGCGCAACAGCUGGAGGCGGCCAACCGUCAGCUGCGCGCGACGCGGCAGUUCGUGGAGGAGCAGGCGAGCGAGCGCGAGGGGGAGCGGGACGAGUUCGCGCGGCGGGAGGGUGAGCUGCGCGACGAGAACGCGCGGCUGGGCGCCCGCCUGCGGAACAACGCCAGGAUACUCAGCGAGAUGCACAGCCUGCGCCUCUCGUGUUGCGACUGUCGCCAGCACUAUGCGCACGUGGAGCAUCUAGAAACUCAGACCAGGGAAAUGAACCAAAUUAUAACUGAACUUGAGGCGCGGAAGUCUCAGGCCGACGAUGAAAUCAAAGCGAGCGAAGAAAAGAUAACUCUGCUACGAGACAUCAUCUCCACUUUAGAAACACAAUUAGAGCAGAAGACUGAACACGAGAAAGAGAUCUUGGAAGAGCUGGAAAGAAUGAGGAAGACUAUCGAUGAAAGGGACGGUAAAAUGAGAGAACUGUUGGGAGAAUUGGAGUCGAUUAAGAGUGAGAAGAACGAUGCUGAGGUUGCUUGCGUGAAGUGCGCACAGCAGGAGGAUAAAUAUGCUGAACUCAUGAGGACUGUCGAUGAACAGUGCGGGCACGCGGCGGCGGCGCUGGCGGCGCGCACGCGGCGGCUGCAGCGCGCGCACUGUGCGGCGCCCGCGGGCAGCAGCGAGCCCAGCGAGGACGUGUCGCUGCGGGAACACUUGCAGAUAAAGUCUCAGGAGUCGGAUCCGUCCCCGCGCUCCCCGCCGCCCCCCGCGGGCGAGGGCGCCGCGUUCCGCGCGCUGCGGGCGCAGCUGCGGGCGCUGGGGCUCGCGCAGGACGCGCUGCUCAAGCGGAGCCAGGACCUCGAGCUGCAGCGGGAGCGCCUCGCAGAUGUCGCGCAGGAGGUUCGCGCGGAACGCGAUGUCCUCCAGGCGCGGAUGUCGGAGCAGGCGCUCAAGAUAUCGUCGCUGUCGGCGCGCCUCCAGCAGCAGCGGAACGACGCCGAGGCGCUCUCCCACCAGGCCACCAGCCAGCUCUCCGUGCAACUGCACGAUGCACUCGCCGAGGUGCAAAGACUCAAAGAAGAGAUGGAGAGCAAGGACAAACAGUUGGUCAGGUUGAGGCAGAAUUUAGAAGAACGUGAUAGACUCAACGAGCAACACCAUUCACUCUACGGUAACUCGUGUAACCCUAAAGACAAAGUGAUAAUACUGGAGCGUGAGCUGUCGGACGCGCAGAGCCGCAUCGCGCAGCUGGAGACCCUGGCGCGAGACCUCCAGCGGGACAAUGAGCAGCUGCAGGCUGCCGCGCGGGACCAGCAGCAACACCUGCAGCAGCUGCUCGCUCUAAAAUUAGACGCAAACAACCAGGAGGACGAAAACGGUCCGGCCGACGUCAAGACAUCGGCUAGAACAUUGAGCGACAUCGUCUCCAUAUCCGACUUCGACGAACAGGACCUGCAGAUGCGGAGAGCUGAAUCGAAGGGCCACAACCUUAGUCUGGGCGAGCCCCCCUACGGCCCCCUCGGCCCCCCCGGUCCCCCCGCGCACGACCGCACGCUGCCCCCGGAGGGCGAGCGCCCCCACAUGAGCUCGUUGCAUCUCGAGUGCUCGGAGCAGCUGGACCUCCCCGCCCACACCCCCCGCGCGGACUCCCUGCCCGCGCACCUCACCUCCACGCAGAACAAAGACUUGUUGAAGCAAUAUAAAAGGAACGCUAAUGAAAUCACAUUGUUCGGCGAUUUUAAGCAUUUGACCCAGAAAAUAACCGAUAAUUGUUCAAUGUAUCCCAACAGGGACGUCAGCGACACCAAAAAUCUUAGCGUCGAACCAAAAAAAAUAAACUUCUCAAUUGAACCGACCGCGGACAACCGAGACGAGGAGGAGUUCACUUCGCUGCGGGAACUCGGGAUAUAUCUCGACACGAAGCAGCAGUGCUACCCCGACAUCCUCACACAGCUGAAGCACGAAAUCAAAAAAUCUAGAUCCGAAUUGGAAAAGUGUAGAUCUGAACUGAAAAAUGCUGAAGAACAACUGUGCGAGUUCCCCGCGCUCAAACAGGAGGUGGAGCAGCUCAAGGGGCUCCUGGACAACACCGUGGCCGCCAUGGACAACGACAAGAAGUUCUACGAAAAUCAACUCGAGAGCUUCUCGGCGAACAAACAACUACUCGAACAGAGACUCACGGAGCUGAGUCAAGACGUCCAUGACAAGUCUAAGGAUCUGCACUUGCUCAAGGAAGACAUACUCAGGAGAGAAAACAUGAUAUUGGAACUUGCGAAAGAAAAGCGAAAUCUGAUGAACAAAAUGGCUGAACUUGAACUUAAAAUAGACGAGCUCCAGACCAAAAAUACUUUACUAGAGAAAUGCGAAGCGGAGAACUUGGAGAUGAGAGAGAAGAUGACGGAACUGACGAAGCUGGAGCAGCUCGUCAACGAUAAAAACCAGCAGAUCGACAGCCUCAACCAGCACCUGGACAGGCUGGACGACCUGCAGCGCCGCCUCCGCGACAAGUCCCAGCAGCACGACAGCCUCCAGCGCGCGCUGGCCGACAAGAGCGACGAGCUGGCCCGCCUCGCCGCCGCGCUGCACGCCCUGCGCCGCGACGCCGCCGACGCCGACCAGCUCCGGCUGCAGCUCUCUAAACUAGAAAAGGACCAGGAGAACGCCUUGUUGAAACUACAGAACACUCAAACUGAACUCGAGCGAGUCAACUCUCUCAACCAAGAGAUGUCGCUGAAGAUACAAGACAUGAAGUCACUCACGGACCAAUUAAAAGAUAAUGAAACUGAAAUAGAAAUUCUUAACGAGGACAUUUCUGCGUUUCACUACGAAAUAGCUUCGUUGAAGGACCAAUUGAAGAUGGCCUCCCGCAGCCCCUCGCCGCGGAAGGCCCCCGACGACCGGAGGGACGACCGGCCGGCUCGCUCCGACAAGAGGCAGCUCACCAAGAUCAGGAAGCAGAUAUCUUUGUUGCAACACGAGCUGGACUUUAACAAGAAGGAAUUGAACGAUAAGGCGUUCGAGCUAGCGAAAGCGAAAUUGGACAUAACGGAACUCAAAAACAAUUUGAGUCAAGCGGACAAACAAGUGUCGGACGCCGCCGCCGACCGCGAGCUCAGCGCGCAACGACACCACCAACUGCGCCACGACCUGCUGCACGCGCUGCAGGAGAAGCAGCAGCUGGCCGAGCAAUUAGAGCUCGUACUGUCUAGGUUACGCGAGGAGUCAGAUGUUGAAGAAUUAAAGGCCAAGUUGAGGCAGCAAGUGGAGAGGUGUCACGAGCUGGAGGCCGAGCUGCAGGACGUCCGGGAGCUCGCCGACAGGUCUACCGGUCCCGACGAGGGGUCAGGAGGGGGGUCGAGAGACAGGGCGCGGUCCCCCACGGCGGAGUUGGAGCGAGCAGUGCGGCUGCAGCUGUCCUACUCGCACGCACUCGACCACACCAUCAUGGACCAGAUCCUGUCCGCCAGCAGCGACGAGCACGAGCCCGUGCCGCGCCUGGCGCUCGCCGCCUCCGAGUCGAGCUCGGCCCGCUCGUCGCGCUCGGAGCGGGAGCGGGAGCGGGAGCGGGUGGCGGUGCUGGAGGAGCGGCUGCGGGACAAGGAUGCGCUCAUCGCUGAACUCAACAGGGUGCGGGAGCAGCUGGAGCGCGACUGGCAGACGGCCCGGCUGCGCUACGAGGCCGAGCGGGAGAACUCGGGCCGGCUGCAGCUGCUGCUCGACACGCAGAAGGAGACCGCUCUGACGCUGCAGAAGCAAGACUCGAACAUGAUCGAGAUCCUCAAGAAGCGCUUGGAGAGCGCCAUGCACGCGGAGCCGCCGCCGCGCUCCCCGCCGCAGAGUGAGAGCGAGGACCGAUGGAAGGGCGAGGUCCUGCUACUGAAAUCGAAGCUGCAGCUGGAGCGCGACAAGCUGUCCGACCAGCAAGCCAUGUGGGAGCGGGACAAGCUGCACAAGCAGCGGGAGCUGGACGCCAAGAACGAGGUCUGCAACACGCUCAGGAACGAACUCGCACACAUCAAGCGGCGCUCGCACGACUCCAGCCUCGAGCUGCUCCGCGCCAGGGAGCUGGCGGCCGCGCAGGCCAGGACCAUCGACGCGCUGGAGCGGAGACUGGACGCCUGCGAGCGGCUCCGGCCCGUGGACGACGCGCUGUCGGAAAUCGAGAUCCACAAGAUAGAGCUGACCCGCGAGAUGUCCUCACUGAAGAAGUGUUUGUCGGACAGCAUCCGCCCCGCCGACACCCCCGCGCCGCACCAGCUCAUCCGCUGUCUCCACAGUCGUUGUAUCCGCCUGGAGAGCAUCCGUAAAGCUCUGAUCUGGCAGAAGCGGUACCUUCAGCGGACACUGCACGGCUACGUCCAGCUCGAGAGGACGCUGCGGCUGCCCUCGUCCGGCGCCGCCCGGGUCAGCACUGGCAAGGAACGGUUCAAGUGCGCCGUGUGGGCGGUGGUGGGCGCCGUGCGGCUGCAGUACCUGGUGCGUCGCCGAAACGCGCGCGUCUCCGCCGCCGCCGCGCUGCUGCUCGACACUCCCGUGCAGCAGCGGCGCCCCCCCUCCGCGACCCCCGCAGCCCCCGCACUGAGCGAGUUCAACAGGAGGAUGCAGUGCCCCAGCAGCUCCCCGCGCAGCGAGCCCUUCGUGCUGAGUUCACCUCGUGGUGAAAUGGCGGCGGCCUACCUCAACAAGCUGGAGGCGGUCAGCCGGUGCCUCAACCAGACCCUCAGACCUGCGGACCGCACAUGACCCGCAGACCUCAACACGCGUGCGCCGCACGUGACAUCCACAACUGUCAAGUGUCAACGUUGACAUUACUGUGUUAGUCUGACGUGGCCUUCGGUGAUAUAAUGCCUUAUAGAAUUAAAAGAGUGACAGAAUUAACGUCAAAAUUGCACAAAUAAUGCCGACUAGCGCUAGUGUCGCUAGUGUUGCACUGUAUGAAAAGUACAAAAUAUCCCAAAUAAAUAUGUAACACGGAACCCACCAUAUCAAGCCAAGGCGAUGACUAGUUUUAGAUAUUGCGUAAUAUAUUUAAGUGUUUUUUUUUUAAAUGCAGGGUAAAUUUUAAAAUUUUUGUAUUUUCUUCCGUUGAUAUUUUCUUUAAAAAGUUGGCAACUCUCGAGCAUUUUUUUAAACUUAAGAAUUUUAUGUUUCGGCAACAAAACGCGGUUUUAAUUCUCUUUUUCGUGUUAAGUAUUAGAUUAGUGCCAAAACGUAUAUGUAUAAUAAUAAUAUAGUAAUAAUAUAUGUGUUAAUAAUUUUUAGUUUAAAAUUAUUAUUUAUGGAAUACGUCGGAGAAUGUAAAUUGUUUGUUUUCGUUCAUCGCUCCGCCUAUUCAUAGUUUUUAUUGUAUAUAAAACGAAAUUUAUUUUAAGUAUUCAAAUAUUGCGUGGAGAUAUUUAUUGUAUUAGACUUGACGGAAGGGUUGUCCGCCCAGUCCCGAGCUGGUGCGGAGUGAACUCCCUCCACAGUUACGUUAGAGUGUGAUUGAAUGACAAUUUUAAAUUUAAGUUUCUGUGUUAGAGUAUAUAGGACGUGGAAAGAAACAAUUAGUACCCGACAGUUAGGAGAAAGUAAAAUUACCAAGUGUUUGUAUGUAAAUAUUGUAAAUUACUUUGAUUAAUUUUCAUUGCGUAUUUUUUCUGUAAUCUCGAUAAUACUUUAGUUUGUCUUCUGACGUCGGGCCGCUGACACGAAGCGCCCUUCCCGACUAAUGAAUAGAUCUGCUAAAAACAAAACUCACGAUUGCCAUUGUUUUAGUUUUAAGAACGACAUCGAUUUAUAUUAUUGUUAAUUUAGUUUUUAAUACAACGAGAGUACAAGCUAGAUGUUAGGUUAGAUUAAGAAAGGAUUUUUGAUCAAAAUUUAAUUUAAUAAGAAUUAGUUGUCGAAGCGACCGCAGGCUCCAAAAAUGUAUCUAAAUACUAGAUAAUCUGAUGGACUAAGUAUUGGUUUCCCACGACUCACCGACGACUGACGUCCGAUACGAUUAUAAUUUUGAUCACAAAAUCCGUAUAAAAAUGCCAUUUAAAUAUAUUGAAGACGACACGACACGACGACACGACUCGACGACACGAUCGAACUACCCUCGUAUUCAGUUAAUAUUUGACUAUCGAUAAGCGCGUACGUGAACUACACUUAAUGUUACAAGUUUACGUAAAAUUAUUUACUGUUGCAUUCUGGUGUACCGGAACCGGCUGAGUCUCCGUCAGCGGGGGCGGCCGCACAUUGUAAGAUGAACUUAUUGUAUAGGCUUCAUUAAGGCUCAAUUUAAAAAAAAUAUAUAUAUAAUUUUUAAAGCAAUAAAUGAGAAAAUGUAAAGAACACUGCCCACACAAUUUACAAUAUCAAUAUCAUUUCUGUUUGUUAUGAAAUAAAACUAUCAAUUCCAAGAAACAAUUUUAAUAUAAUUACGCCAAUGAAAGUAACAUCAAUUGUAACAGUAUUUAAUUAGAGACAAACCUACACCAAAAAACAUUUGUAAUAAAUCAUGUGAUUCCACAAUUUGAGAGCAAAAAAUGAUAUUUAUUAUUGUAUUACAAUUUUUAUACAAAACAAAUAUAUUUUUAUAUUCCCAUCGUUGAUGUCCGUGUAAAGUUUGUAAAAGCCAAACGAAUGGAUUGAAUUAAAUAAUUUGCAGUAUUAUAAAUGAUCGAUUCUAUUUAGGAUAUUUUUAUUAAAUGUGUAUGUGAAUACUGUGGUACGGAUUCGUUGGACAUACUUUUUUCAAGCGAGGCGUAUCGAUUGUAAGAAUAGGCCACAGGACGACGUCCAUGGGCGGCGGAAAGGAAAAAGUGCCUUGGUAUUAAAAUUUAUCAUUCCUAAAUCAUUUUCAUAGACAUAGGUCAUUGCAGCUUUCACGUACAUAAUCGAACAAACACAUCUACACUCAACGACCAAAGAUAAAUUAGAAUAAGCAAAUUUAGGUUAAAGUAAAAUUUUAAGUUUUGCGCAACGGCAACACUGUCACACACUCACAAUUUGACAAAGCAACUACGUUCUAGUCCGCACACGUGCACAGCCGCCGCAAACACGCACGUGCCAUACUAACGCUCUCCAAACACAUGUUAAUUAUAAAAUAAAUGUAUUUUCUUAUUU